AUGCCUUUUUUACCCAUCAGCUCACAUAGAGUGAAGAGCAUACUUAAAGCCUUUUAUGGCACUGCAGCAUCCUCCUCCUCCUCACCUAUGCUGGCUGGAUAAUCAGUAACCUGCAGAAUUGAUUAGCUCAAAGUUUCAAAGAUUCUUUGCCUCAUGUUGAGUGGAUUGGUCCUUGGAACUCAAUAAUGAGUGAAGUAAGAUGAUAUCAAAUUCAAGAGAAAAAGAUGUUGAUGCAAAGCCAGAGGGAGAAAACAUUAAUGAAGGAGACUACUUCUCUAAGCAGGCAGCUACAAGUACUUCAAGGCAAUGGUCAGGAUUCAGAAAUCCAAGGAUUGUUCGAGUCUCACGUUCUUUUGGAGGUAAAGACAGGCACAGCAAAGUGUGCACCAUAAGAGGAUUGAGAGACAGAAGGAUUAGGCUUUCAGUGCCCACAGCAAUUCAACUCUACGACCUUCAAGAUAGGCUAGGGCUUGGACAGCCAAGCAAGGUGAUUGAUUGGCUGCUUGAUGCCACUAAGCUUGAUAUUGACAAGCUCCCACCCCUCCAAAUUCCUCAGGGAAUUGGUCAAUUUCAUCAUCAUCAGCAGCAGCAGCAUGAGCUUCUUUCGCAUGAUCAUCAUCAUCAAUCAAAUCCCUCUUUCAACCCUUUCUUUGAUGCAAAUAUUCCUGCAUUUGUAAAGGAUGGGGAAGAUGAAGAUCAAUAUGUAGAUGAUCCUGCAUUAAGAGCAAAAAGCAAGGAGGUUGUUGAAAGAGGAUCUGGUGAUAAUAAAGGCAAGUGGGUAAGAACAAAUGAAGAAGAAAAUGCUCAAGAUCAUGGAAUUGGUGGCUUUGGUGGGCAAAUUUCAGCUCAAAAUUUUUUCCCUAUAACCAAUCAUCCCUUGCUAAACAAUGCCAUGGCGUACAACUCCUACAACCAUGCUGAGGCUUCAAGUAAUUUAUCUCUAUCUCAGUUUGGAAGCCAAGGAAUAUUUCCAACCCAAUUAAACCCUCAAUUGUUUUUCUGCCCAUCAACAACACCAGGACUUUUUGCUCCCUAUCCUUCAUAUAUGGCGGCUCCAAUAGAGAGUGAUCUGAGACAAUUCAACCAUUUUCAUCAAUUGUUGAGCUCAAGCACUUCACAACAUGUCCUACCUCAUCACCCUCUCAUGCCAUCUCUUCAUUCAAUAAGCUCGGCCAUGAAAUCCUUUGCAACAAAUGAUAAUCCCAAGACUACUCCUGAUCAUCAAUCUCAACACAACAAUGAAAGCAAAAUGGAUAAGGAUAACACUAGAUCUUGAAGACCCUUAUGGUGGAAAUGUUCAACAAUUGGCAGAAGAUCUUGAGUUGAGAAUUUAAUGGAUGCAUGUUUCCAGCUGCAUGCUCCAGUACUACAAGUAAGCACUUAAGAAGUACUUCAUUUAUAUAUUAAUUUCGUGCAUUUAAUUACUACGAUUAGCAGCAAAUUAAAUAGUGAUGUGAAUACAUGCAAGUUUGUAAGGAUGAUAAUGCUAUAAAAUACUACUGCAUACUUGUUUUUGA